CAGCAUUUCUGUCCGAUGUGUCGUCCAUCUCCGACAUCAAAAGAGAAAGUGCUCUACUGUCUCUCUUGCUUGUCCGCAUUCACACUGAUCCGUUUGCGCAACGUUGAUUCGAUAAAGGUAUCCGUUUAAUCUUGCCAUGCCUGUUCGGAGCUGGGCCAGCACGCUCGCUUCUUUCCCUGAUAGUCGAUCAUACAGCUGUCGAGUAUGCUUGCCUGGGAGGGCCGCGUCGACCCUCUUCACGUGUUUGCCUACUUUCUCGGGCAAGCCUUUGCUGGUGUCUUGUUGGGAUCGUGCGAUGUUGAGAGUGGUUGAUUUCAUCCUGGGGAGCUGUGUGUAUGGCAUGGGGUCCUCUUGGGUCGCUGCCCUGGCCUGCACUUUGGCAAGGCUACAGAAAUACAGUACUUGUCAAUAAGCGACUUUUGCUGAAAGGC